UGAUGCAGGUGCUGAACGCCGAUGCCAUCGUGGUGAAGCUCAACUCUGGGGACCACAAAACCAUCCACCUGUCCAGCAUCCGACCCCCACGGCUGGAGGGGGACAGCGCGCAGGACAAGAACCGGAAGCUGAGGCCCCUCUAUGACAUUCCCUACAUGUUCGAGGCCCGGGAAUUCCUGCGCAAGAAGCUCAUCGGGAAGAAGGUGAACGUGUCCGUGGAUUACAUCCGCCCUGCCAGCAGUGCCACCGAGACCGUGCCCGCCUUCUCGGAGCGCACCUGUGCCACCGUGUCCAUCGGCGGGAUCUGCAGUGCCCGGGCCCUCCCGGUGGGCACAGGGAUGACUCCAGCCCUUCCCACCGCAGCAGGUGCUGACUCCCGGUGCUCCCUGUUUUCCAGGGCUAUCAAGAACGGGAAGGGGCUGCACAGCAAGAAGGAGGUGCCGAUUCACCGGGUGGCCGACAUCUCCGGGGUAAGGAGGUGCAGGAAUUUCCUGCCGUUCCUGCAGCGCGCCGGCCGCUCCGAGGCCGUGGUGGAGUACGUGUUCAGCGGCUCCCGCCUCAAGCUCUUCCUGCCCAAGGAGACCUGUCUCAUCACAUUCCUGCUCGCAGAUGUGGCCACAGCUGCAGUCCUGGGCACGGAUCCAGAUGUGGGCAGGGACACAGAUGUGGCUGUGGAUGCAGCUGUGUGUGAGGAUCCAGAUGUGGGCAGGGACACAGAUGUGGCUGUGGAUGCAGCUGUGUGGGAGGAUCCAGAUGUGCCGUGGGUGUGA